CCAGCCUGCAGGAAUUCAAGCUCUGGGUAAAGAAGCUGCAGCCUGAUAGAGGCAGCAAUCUGCUACAAGCCCUGAGGAAAAUCUUCGCUCUGAAGGGGCUGAAUUCUCUGGUCACCAUAUUGGGAAGCUGCCCAGAUCAGCCUGCUGAGAUCCUGUCUGACUACAUCCAGCAGUCCACCAUGGGCAGGGGCCUCCACACCCACAUUGUCACCUACAAAUGCGAGGACCAGGUGCCGCUUGCUGUCCUGAAGAACCUUGCGGAGGCUGUUGGGGGCCAUUACCACUGCUACACCUCAGAGACAGAGAUCUGUGCCAGCCCCGAGGUCCAGGAACUGUUGGCGGAGAUGCAGAAGGCCCAGAGCCUCCUGAGCCACGUCCAAGUCCUGCGCCGUAGUGCCCCUUGUGAGGAGCUCACAGGUGUGAUGAAAGAGAUUUCCACAGAGAUUGCAAAAGGGCCGCUCAGAGGUCUCCUGCCUAAAUCCCCAAAGCACGAAGCUCCCCUCACAAUUGAGUUCCCAAACUUGGACAAGACUUCUGCAGAAUGGCUGAAGGUCAACGGCCUGAAAGCCAAGAAGCUAAGCCUUUAUCAGGUCCUGGCACCCAACACAUACUCUCCCAUCAAGGAAUUUGUGCCUAUUCUCCAGAAAACAGUAUCAUCCACUAUCCACGAGAAGGCAAUGAUACCGUUCCAGUGGCACGAUGGGACCGUAAGGAAUGUUCACGUGGACCUGCCCUUCCUCUACGAGUACCAGAAACAGCUCAGCAGAGCUAUUCGGACGUACGAGAGGCGGAUUGAGUGGCUCUCGUUGGCCAGCAGAAGGAUCUGGGGCACCGUCUGCGAAAAAAGGGUGGUUAUACUGCUCGAUAUCUCUGCGACCAAUUCCACGUACAUUAUUCAUAUCCAGCACUCCCUGCGACUUCUGCUGGAGGAGCAACUGUCCAACAAGGAUGCCUUCAACCUUGUCGCGUUUGGAAGCACAGUCGAAAGCUGGAGGCCCGAGAUGGUGCCCAUGAGCCACGACAACUUACAAAGCGCCUGGCAGUGGGCCCUGAGCCUGCAGUGUCAGGGCAGCAGGAACGUCCUCGGUGCCCUGCGGAAGGCAGUGGAAGUGGACUUCAAAGACAAAGACAAGCAGCAAUCACAGGGCAUCUACCUCUUCACGGGGGGCAUCCCUGACCAGGACACGCCCACGCUCAGCGCCUACAUGGCUGAGGCCUGUGGGGGCUGCGACCUCCAGCUGAACGUGUGUCUCUUCUACGUGAGUGAGCCACGGAUGGACACCACGCCCCCUGCCUGCUAUGCCAGCCGCGCCGACACGGCCGCUGCCUACCGAGAGGUCGCCCGGGCGGCCGGUGGCCGCUUCCACUGGUUUGGAGACACGGGCAUUUACGAAAGUGAUGACAUCAACGCCAUCCUGUCUGAGCUGGAAAAGGCUCUCAACUACUCCCAAAAGUGUGCCUUACUAGUGUCCUCUCUGAAGAACCAGUCCAGAAAAGACCUGGAAAAUGCAGCCCUCUCAAAAGAAAAGCCAAAGAUGCUCAAGCAAAGAAGUCAGCCCAAGAAACUCUGUCCUUCCCAGCCCACAGCCCCCUCGGUGGCCAGAAUGAGCCUUAGAGACGACCCUGCCAGAGAGAGCAGUGCCCCCGCGAGAGCUGUGAGGCGGCCUCCACUCGGUAGCAGAGCGAGCACCUCACCAGCUGCAGCCCAGUCGGGCCAGGAGGACCCUGUAGCACCCAGGAGGAAGGCCGGAGCGAGGGAGGCAGAGACAGGGAAUGACGCGGGCUCAGGGUACAGGAAGCACCCUCAAGGAAGGGGCGCAAGAAGGACUUGCUCUUCCAUGGUGUUGCCCAGAAAGGAUACAAUCUGCUCAAGCCAAGAGUGGGUAGCAAAUUAUGGGCUAAAAACACUGAAGAUGGAGAUCUCCAGAUGCUUGGGUCCCACUUGCACUCAUCAAAGGUCCGGGGUGGUGAGGCACGUGCAGUGGACGCCCAGGGAAAUUGAGGCGUACAUCACGCGCCUGAGGAAGGUGAUGCGACGCUAUGUCCAGAGGCUGCAGUGGCUGCUAUCUGGGAGCCGAAGGCUGUUUGGCACUGUUUUGGAGAAGAGAGUGUGCAUCCUGCUGGACACCUCGGGGUCCAUGGGCCCCUACCUGCCGCAGGUGAAGACAGAGCUGAUCCUGCUGAUUUGGGAGCAGCUGAGGAAGCACUGUGACAGCUUUAACCUGAUCAGCUUUUCAGAAGACCUACAACUGUGGCAGGACACCCUGGUGGAGCCCACAGACACAGCAUGUCACGAGGCCAUGCAGUGGGUGACCCACCUGCAUGCUCAGGGCAGCACCUCAGUCUUGCAGGCAUUACUGAAAGCCUUCAGUCUUCAGGACGUGGAGGGACUGUACCUCCUGACUGACGGGAAGCCAGACACAAGCUGCAGCCUCGUUCUGCGUGAAGUCCGCCGACUCCGGCAGGAACGAGACGUGAGAGUGCACACCAUCUCCCCGCGCGGCACGGGCAGGGCCGAGGUUAACUUCCUGAGAAGCCUGGCCUCCCUCACCGGGGGGCGCUAUCACUGCCUUGUUGGCGAGGACCUGCUCUUCCAGAUCCAUGGCCUGCUCCAGGGCUUCAUGGAUGAAAGGGACUCCAUGUUGCCACUAUUUGAAGGAGAUGAUUUAAGGAGAUUGGCCCAGGAGAUCACCAAGGCCAGAAGCUUCCUCUGGCAGGCCCAGUCAUUCAGGUCCCAACUCCAGAAGAAAAAUGAUACAGAACCAAAGGUCAUUCUUCAGUAG